AUGGAGGCUACAGUGGGCUGUCCAGAAAGUUCUUGCUGGGUGACCUUGGUCACUAAACCGUCCUAUGUGCCUGGCGCCAUAAUCCUCGCUCACACUUUAGACCAGCACGAAUCCAACUAUCCACUUCUUGUACAGUACACCGCCUCGCUAGGACACGAAGCUGUGCAUGCCUUGGAACAGGAAGGGCGAAACUAUCGUCGUAUCCAACUACAGCAGCUCGACCUUCUGUUGCCACGGAAGGAUCAGGAAAACACUGCCAGUGUUGCCCAGCGUUUCAGGGAUACCUUCACCAAGCUACGUGCAUUCGAGGUAUACAAAUUGGGCUACACUAAGGCCGUCUUUCUUGAUGCCGACAUGGCAGCCUUCCAGAAUCCGGACGAGAUAUUUGACUGCAAGCUCCCCAGCCGCGACUGGCUUGGUGCCAAUCAUGCCUGCGUAUGUAACCUCGAUCAUGAUAGCUGGGCACCUCCAGAUUGGAUCAAGGGCAACUGUGCGUACACACCGUUGAAGGGUCCAGACGAUGUGGCGCCAGAAAUCACACCACAAUCGCGACCGACCUACCGACUUCUCAAUGGUGGGAUGCUCUUGUUCCACCCCAGUGAAAGCCUUUGGAACAGCAUGCUCGACUACUUCAACACUUCCGAUCGGUUAAAGACCUAUCAAUUCCCCGAUCAAGACUUUUUGGCUGACUUCUUCCGCGACAAAUGGAAGCCUUUAUCGUGGAAAUACAACGCUUUGAAAACAAUGAGAUACUGGCAUCCCCAAAUCUGGUCGGAUGAGAAGCUGGUUGUGUUGCAUUACAUUGUGGACAAACCUUGGGAGCGAAAAAUUGGUCCAAGAGGCAUAGCCGGGCAUCUGGGAAGGGACGGUGAGACUCACCAAUGGUGGUGGAAUAUCUACUGGUCAUGGAGGAAAGAGCGAGCAGACAAUCAAGCGAGUAAUAUGGUCAUCGAUCUGAUGGAGAAGCUCAUCAAUACCCAACAGCCUUACACUGAGAAGGUGCCUCUUCCACAAGAAAUUGGAAAGCCUGAAGAUGUCCAACCAUACACCUGA